UGGUUAGAAGCCACUCAGUAUCAACAAACCAAAGCAAACAUAUCUCAUCCUUUCACCUACAAACCUAAAACAAAGAUUUUCAAUAUCUCUCUCACACCACUUGUUCAAAACAAUAACCCACCACAACACCACAAAAUGGCACCCUCAAAGGAUCAGCUCAUGGAGACCGCCGCCCAGGCCCAGCUCGACAUGAACACCUACCAGUCCAAGACGGGCGCCGCCCGGCCCCAGGGCAACGACGACGCCGGCGUCUCGUCGGUGCAGACUGAGACCCGCUUCCCGGGCGCCUCGGUCUCGGUGCAGGGUGACCCGACCAACAACGUGUCGUACAAGCCCGAGCAGCCGGCCAAGGACCCGGCCUACGAUGACGAUGAUGUGGUCCCGGCCAAGAAGAUCUCGUCGCUCGGCACGCAGGACCGCAAGGACGACGUGCUGCUGCAGGGCGAGGGUGCCGUCCGGAACAACGUCGGUACCCGGCCGCCCGGCGUUGGCGGCAACAAGUUCCCCGGUUCCGACUACUACACCCCGGAGAGCGUGCCGGACAGCAUCUCGGCCGAGGGCAACAUUGCGCCCGAGAGCGUGACGCAGGCCUCCGCCGAGGCCGAGAACCCUCGGUAAAAGAAGUACAGGAGAGAAUUGAGCGUUCAUUUUGUUUUCCUUUUUGAAGGCGGUACUUUAGGAACCUGGAUGGAGGAAGGCCAAGCGAUACCGGAUAUUGUAUGAUUAUAGUCAUGAUCAU